GGCUGCUACUGGGGCUUCCGAAAGUCAGCUUUUUGCGGGGGGUUGUAAUGCCGCUUUGCUGUCGACAGGGGGAGCCCCCGAGAGUCGCUGUCAGAACGGGGGCGGACGGGAGGAGGCUUUGAAUGAACACGCAUGGAAAUGACGUCGAGGCCCCGGUAGAGGGCCCUGUUGCAGCCACAAUAAAAGGCCCGUGACAAGGGUGGGUCGGAAAAAGGAAUGUUUUCCGAGGCAGCUGCUCGUGGCGGGGGUCGUUUAGUGCAAGGGGCAGCGGGGUACAUCACCAGAGGGUUGGGUUUAGGCAAUGCAACGUUGCUGACCUCUUUUCUCAAAGGUUGCUCAGAGGCCUUAGGGCACUCUGCAUAUUUCAGAAUGUUUUCCAACGUUGCCAGAGUCAUUGGUUAUGUGACAUGCUGUGUAAUAGCAACAUCUACAAUUGGAAGGCUGUAGCUCAGAGGGAGGACAGCUGCUUUGCAUGCAGAAGGCGCCAGGUGACUCCGCUUUCGGUCUGGUUCUCAUCUGGGGGGGCCCUGGCAGUGCAGCCCCCCCAAACUUCACUUUUCUGAAACACGGCUCUAGCCAACCUGCUUCGCUGUUUCACUUGCGACCGCCUGUGCGGGGGCUGCACAGCGCCGGCUCCCCCCCCUCGACAGGGCAUUGCUCUUCAGCCUGUCAUGCCCAGCUGUGAGCCAGCACCACCCGCCGCCUGCCUCCCUACCAAGACCUUCCGCAGCUACCUGCCCCGGUGCCAUCGAACGUACAGCUGUGUUCACUGCCGGGCACAUCUGGCCAAGCACGAUGAGCUCAUCUCCAAGUCUUUCCAGGGAAGUCAUGGUCGCGCCUAUCUUUUCAAUUCUGUGGUUAAUGUGGGCUGUGGUCCGGCCGAACAGCGCCUCUUGCUCACCGGCCUCCAUUCAGUCGCUGACAUUUUCUGCGAAAGCUGCAAGACAACACUGGGCUGGAAAUAUGAACAAGCCUUCGAGACCAGCCAGAAGUACAAAGAAGGGAAGUACAUUAUUGAGAUGUCACAUAUGGUGAAGGACAACGGCUGGGACUGAGGGGGACUCUGGGCGCACACCCUCCUGCGUAGCAUGCCUUGCCUUUUCCCAACCCCACACCCACAGCUGGCAUCCCGGCACAACCAACCCGCCCCACCCCCCACCCCCACCCCUCCUGCAUAGCAUCACCCGUGGGAGUGGAGAUACCAGGACCCUUCUCCCAAACCUCUUGUACUUUCUAAGAAUGCUGGAUUCGCAGAGUGGAGGACCCCACCCCUGCCCUUACGGCAGAAGGGGAAGCUCAGAGGGUUCAGGGGACAGUGCUGGGGGGGUUGGAUUGGAUUCCACGUGAUCUAUAUGCUGCGCUCCCCACCUGCUGACAGCGCCUUUCAGGCGGAGCAAGCGGUGGCAUCUGGAACCGCACGCAGGUUUUGCACUUUUGCAGUCCGUUGCGUAGGACAGAAGCAGUCCUUCCUGGAACAGGACAGAAAGGGCUGUGGGCACAGGGCAAGCUCUUGAGGAGAUGCCAUGGCUUAGCGGCAAGUGUUGCAUGAAGGAGGUUCUAGGUUCAAUCUCUGGCAUCUCCAGUUUUUUUUUUAAAGAACCUCACGGAACGGCUAGAACAGGCCCUGGAUAACUGCUGCCAAUCAACAUUGACCAGGUUGAGCUAGAAGGGCCAAGAGGGUCUGAGUCAGGAAAAGGCAGCUUUUUAUGCUCUUCUCCUUUCUUGGGAGAAAUAAAAAUUGCGUUUGACAGCCUACCAGUGUUGGGGAGAGGAAAUCCCUCUCAAACAGGAAACAAAGGGAUCCUAGAGGCGGGGGGGAAGAGCAGCCCCUCUCCACAUGGAGCCAUGGUAGUUCACAACCCCUUUCACCCCUCCUGUUCCCUGACACUGCCGUGGUGUUUCCCCCCCCAAUGUCUACUCUAUGGAGUCUAUUUCUUUUGUUUUGGGUCGCCGUGUGCUUGUGAUCCUUGGGCACCAUGGCUCCCCCACAUCCCCCCACCCCACAUGAAGACAGGAUGGGGGGCAGGUGGGGGUAAAGCCUCAGCACUGUCACCAGCGCAGGAAUUUUUUUUGUAUAAUAAAGGUGUUUUAUAUUUAAAAAACAAACAAAAUCAAAAAGAGCCAUGCUGCUAAUGGCUUCUCUUUUCCUGCUUCCUUGCGCAGCUGCAGCCCAAAGCUAGCAGUUAUAUUCACAAGGAUUAAGCUUGCUGGCCAAACGUCCCAAGAGGACUUCUCUAAAACAAGAGCGGCUGAUUGCUUGAACUUGGAAAGCCCACUAUGCUUCUUUUUCUUUUAAAAUAACCAAACAUCGGCACCAUUGGGAUGAGCAUCGGGAAACCCACAUAUACAAAAAAAUACAAGCCACAAAGUUUCUCCCCAUUUGAAAACUUAACAGAACUGUAUGUGCAAAAUUACCAUAUUCUAGGAAGUCACU